AUGGUGGCCGCAAAGAAGACGAAAAAGUCACUGGAGUCGAUCAACUCUAGGCUCCAACUGGUUAUGAAAAGUGGAAAGUACGUGCUGGGGUACAAGCAGACUCUGAAAAUGAUCCGACACGGCAAAGCGAAACUGGUCAUCCUCGCCAACAACUGCCCAGCCUUGAGGAAAUCUGAAAUAGAGUAUUAUGCCAUGUUGGCCAAAACUGGUGUCCAUCACUACAGUGGCAAUAAUAUUGAAUUGGGCACAGCGUGUGGAAAAUACUACAGAGUAUGCACACUUGCUAUCAUUGAUCCAGGUGAUUCUGAUAUCAUUAGAAGCAUGCCAGAACAGACUGGUGAAAAGUAA